AUGGAGCCGCCUUACUUACCAAUUGGUUUUCAAUCUGGACUGGUCCUUGGAGAAAAGGUCUCACUGGCUAGCACGUAUCGGUUCUCUUUGGGCCACUUCAGUAGCGAGGUGUUUACCACAUCCAAUGGACUCGGAAUGACUCCAAUCACUGUCAUAGAAACGUCGCCUGGGCAGCUGGAAGGCAACUCGUGCUACUAUGUGUACGGCCGUAUCCUAGCAAGACGUUAUCCAAUGGGACCAGGAUUCCAUGCCGACAGGACUAUUCCCAUGACGUCCCGACCAGGCUCGCAGUUCCAAGCUGCCUCACAGGACUAUGUACUUGUGACGAGCAUUGGGAGAGUUCUCGAGUGCUACUUUUCGGAUCAGAGGAUGCGAUGGGUUGUGAAAGAGAGAAUGGGAGAACUUGGCGUUGGGACUUUCGAGGUCGGUAGCAUCCUCAGUUUCGAUGGUCACCUCAUUGGCUAUGCGGCCGGCAGUGACAAAUGGACAAUCAAUGCUAUAGCCGGUCCAGACCACUGA